AUGAAGUUGAUCAGUCUGACUGUAUUGCCGCUCUGGGCGUGGAUCCUCUCCCUUACUUUGCAAGGAACUUCUGGUCAAUCGUCUCUCAAGACUUUCAGUCCUGAUCUUCAGUUCGAUAACUAUACCCUGAUUCUCAAAGGUCAACGGAUAUUCCUUCAUUCCGGCGAAUUUCACACAUUCAGGCUUCCUGUACCUUCGCUUUGGCCUGAUAUCCUUGACAAAUUCAAAGCGGCAGGAUUCAACGCGAUCAGUGUUUACGUGCAUAUGGGAUUGGUCAAUCCUUCUCCAGGCGUAAUGGAUUUCGACGGAUAUAGGUCCCUCAGCGCUCUAUAUGAAGCAGCAAGGCUGGCAGGACUUUGGAUUGUCCUCCGUCCAGACUUUGGUCAGUAUAUCAACGGGGAAACCACUGCAGGAGGUCUUCCUCAUUGGGUAACCUCUCAAGUCAAAAGCGAGCUCAGGACUACUGCAGCUGAUUGGAAUGCCGCGUGGACACCUUAUAUCCAAGCCAUAAUUGGGCAAACCAACCAAAGUCAGAUCUCGAACGGAGGUCCAGUGAUUGCGAUUCAAAUAGAUAAUGAAUAUGAUCAGGAAGAGGGAGGACCGUAUUUCGCUGAGAUAGAGGCCUUGUACCGAGAUCCUAGCAGCGGGAUCGAAGUCCCGCUGACGCAUAAUGAUCCUGGUAUGCUGGAUGCAUUUAUCAAUGGGACGGGAGCAGUCGACUUGUACGGUAUGGAUGCAUAUCCUCAAGGUCUCGUUGCCUCGAAUCUUUCGAUCUGGAACCCUAUUGAAAUGGGCUAUCAUACUUACCACGAGGAAGCGAACCCUUCGCAGCCGUGGUACAGUCCAGAAUUUCAGAGUGGUGCGUUCGACGGAUGGGGUCCUGAUGCUACAGGUUACGAAGAUUGGCGAGCGGUAACUGACGCAGAUUUCGUAUCUGUCUUUUAUCUGCAUACCUGGGCAAGCAACGCGAAGCUCGUCAACUACUAUAUGUUGUAUGGUGGAACAUCGUGGGGAGCACUUCCAUAUCCGUAUGUGUAUACUUCAUAUGAUUAUGGCGCAGCGAUCACUGAAGCGAGAACCCUCACCCGAAAGUACACCGAACUCAAACUCCAGGGAAUAUUUCUUCGAAGCUCGCCGGAAUUCUAUAAAACCGACUGGAUAGGAACAUCCUCCGGCAACCUCACCGAAGGCGCGAUCAUCCCAUCUAGUCUUCCAACCUCUCCCGCUUUUGUGACUUUGUUGAGAAACCUUGACACCGGUGCAGGUUUUUGGAUCGUUCGCCAAAACGAUUCGACCUCUUUGGCGUCGUCCUCUUUCAAGCUCAAUGUUACCACUGCUGGCAAUCAAAAGCUGACAAUUCCUAUCGUGGCUUCGUCUAUCAAUCUUGACGGGAGAGAAUCAAAAGUGAUCGCCACUGAUUAUGCGUUUGGGUCGCGCUCUCGAGCCCUGUACUCGACUGCAUUAAUCUUUUUUAGUGGUUCCAUUGACGGGAUCGACGUCUUGUUUCUCUACGGAGAUUCUGACCAGGAACACGAAGUAGCCCUCAACCUGACAGGAAGCGCUAAUCGUACCGUCCAAGAUCACACUCAUGUUCAAAUUACCUCGGAUGGCAUUCCCUCGACAACGAUCAUAACCGUGAAAUCAGGCUUUCAGGGAUUCAUACCUCUAUAUGAGUCGGACACUCAAUUGAUACUGUUCGCAGACAAAGACACUGUUUCUGAUUUUUGGGCGCCAACAGUUGCUUCAGACAAUCUGACAGAUCCUUUCGCCAAGUAUUGGUCCAUUGGGACAAAUGAAACCGUUUUGGUAGGGGGUCCUUACCUCGUCAGAUCUGCUGUGAUCAGUGGCACAGAACUGGCACUCAAAGGGGAUCUAAACGCUACCAAUACAGAACAUAUGCCACUGACGGUCAUUGCAUCGAGUACUAUAAAAUCGUUGACUUGGAAUGGAGAAAACGUUUCUCUGGAGCUGACUACAAACGAGUCGAUGAUACGGACAGGAAAACUUAGCAGCACCAAGAUAUCGAUUCAAGUUCCAGAUCUUGAAGCACUGGAAUGGAAAUUCAACAACAGCCUCCCAGAGGUUCACACCAACUUCGAUGAUUCAAAUUGGGCCAUAGCAAAUCAUACCACAACCAACAUUCCGUUUCCUAUGUAUUAUGGGGAUGGGAGAAUUUUAUAUGGAUGUGAUUAUGGUUUCUGCGAAAAUGUCGUCCUUUGGCGAGGCCACUUCAACGCAAGUGGGUCGGAGAAGAGUGUGAAUCUUUCGAUCAACGGCGGGGCGGCAUUUGCUGCCAGCGUUUGGCUGAAUGACCGCUUCCUGAAUACAUCCUUUGGGAACUCUACGAACAACGCGAAUGUGAUUGAAGAGACCGACGAAAUUUUUGAUCUUCCUACCGAUGCUCUGUUGACAGGUCAAGAUAACGUUAUCACAGUAGUACAGGACAAUAUGGGUAUCAACGAAGCGAAACAGUCGGAAGCCAUAAAUGAUGACGCCAAAAGUCCGCGGGGUAUUCGUGGAUUUCAGCUCAAUACCGGUAACUUCACAGAAUGGAGGGUGCAAGGCAAAGUUGGCGGUUACGUCAAUUAUCGAGAUAAAGUUCGUGGAGUGCUGAACGAAGGCGGGCUUUUUGGAGAGCGACACGGGUGGCAUCUGCCAGGUUUUGACACAUCUUCGUGGGCAUCACGAAAGCUUUCCACUGGAAAUCCCUCUUCAGAGGCGGGAAUAGGAUUUUUCGUUGCCUCGUUCAAUUUGAGUAUGCCCCAGGGCUAUGAUAUACCCAUGUCAUUCACCUUUUCGGAACCACUGGGGCAGCCAUAUCGGGCAUACAUGUUUAUCAAUGGAUGGAUGAUGGGCAAGAGAGUAGCCAACCUGGGCCCUCAAUCGAAGUUCCCAGUACACGAAGGCAUACUAGAUUAUCACGGAAAAAAUACCGUGGCUGUUGCUCUGUGGUCUAUGACACCGAAUGCGACCGUUGCUCUUCAGCUCCAGCUGGUCAUUGAUGGAAUUUUCAAAGGAGGGGUGAAUGUAGCAGUAAACAAUCCUUCCUGA